AUGAAUCAACAGCGGCUGAUAGCAGAGUUCCUUCACCCAAAGUCUACCGCUAAACAAGACCCUUCACCCAUCUCACCCCAAUCCGGCAACAAAAUGAGAAACACACCGCCACGAAAAUGCAAAGUCCCCUCACGUCACAACAUCGAAAGUGGCGCCUCCCCUUUCCUCACUCUCCCCGUAGAAAUCCGUCUCUACAUCUAUCGCCAUCUCCUCAUCUCCCCAAACAACGCUGAACUUCACCACUGCUCUAAAAGUUUCCGCCUCAUACCCAAAGAACCAUGGGACUGCCCUCUUGCAAUCCAUCCCAAAAUCCUUCAAACUUGUUGGGUGAUUAACAAAGAAGCUACUCCGAUUCUCUACUCGGAGAAUGUUUUUCGGAGGGGUUAUUGUUGCCCGCGCCACUAUGUUGUUGGAAGAGGGCAUAGGAUGUGGCCGAUUGGUGAUACAUCGCCUGUAAGCAAGGUUAAUUUCGCUUAUAUCUCACGAUUACACCUUUUUCGAGAUUACGAUCACUGGUUUCGUGAUGGAGAGCUCAAGAUCUUUAACGACGUUCCACAUUUGAAAGAUCUCGACAUUCACAUUGAUCUGAACGAUUGCGCCGACAAAGUCAACCUACAAGAUCUUCAAUACCAAACCCUCAAAGCAAUCCGUCCAGAUCUUCGAUCCUUCAAAAUAGAAAUUCGUCUUGAUUUCCACGAAAAAGCACAUAACGACUGGCUAGCCAAAUGCAACCGCAAAACUGAGAAUUUCAGUCUUCAUUUGGAUAAGAAACGCGAGCUGGAGACAUGGUUGGAACACGAGGGGUUGUUUACUCAUAGACCACUUUUCUGGUGUUUCAAAACACAGCGCUCAGAGUGGUGCGGACCGUCAUGUUACAUUGGUUUUGCUUUUGAUGACAAGCGCCAGAGGGAUUACAUCGAUUUGCAGGUCUGGGAUGAUGGUGAGGGAAAGUUUGGGAGGUUGAAGACCCAUGAGGAGAAUGCGAGUUCGUUGGUUUUAAGGGGAAUAAGCAAAAAUGAGACAUCUGGGGGCCUUUAA